AUGGUGCUCAGUGCUAACGCCCGCCAGAAGAUCCAGGAGCAUUUGACGCAGGCACAGUCUGGCAUGCUCGUUCAGAGCAUGCAGUCCUUGAUGCGGUUCCUGCUGUCCACAGGUUUGGCCUACAAACAACGUCUGUCCUGCGAGCAUGUGGGCACGCAUGAGUUAAACAGGGACGGACUGGGUGUGUCCGCGGGACACGUGCAAGACUUGGUGAGCAGUCUCGCUCAUCUUGGUUUCGUCGAGGACGAGUGCAAACCCGUUUGCAUAGAGGUUCCGGCCGACAGCCGGGGUGAUCAGACUCGGGCCUUCAACGUGAAGCUGAUGGCCCAGUCGGAGGGCAAGCUACCGCCCAUGGAUCCUUCGAGACUCCGCUUCGCCAGUGUCAUGGGCUCGCACACAAACAUGGUGUUCAGGUCGUUCCUCUACAAAGCUAUUCACCCAGACACGGAGCUCACGGUCAAUGGCAAGUUGAGCUUGGAAAAAUUGGAGGGCAUGGACAAGCCCUUCGCAGAGGCCAUAAGGAAUGGGGUGCACUGGACGGUCGUUGACCACGACGUGCAAGCAGAAUUCCCGGCGUUCGCCUCCCUCAUGCAAGCGUCCGGAAACGCAACAAAUCAAAUCAGCAAAAUGGAAGACGAACUGCAGAUAGCGUCCAAGAUCAUGCAGUCUGUGAAGUUGCACAUGGCGAGGAACGCCGUGUCGAGUGUGACCUUUGCUGACGUGCAGAAGGACUUUCGGACCCAUUGGCGUCUGCAGAACAUCCACGCCCCCCUCUAUAAAGCAACCUUACAUAAACCUUAUAAACCCCAAAAAACAGGUACUCUCACCUCAAUUCUAUAUAAAGCCCUCAUUCGCCCGAAGUCUUACCAUAUAAACCCUAUAUAUAUAUAUAUAUAUGAAAGAGCAGCCUUUCGGGUCUAUUUAGCUCAUUCCUUUUUUUAA